AAACAACGCGGGGAAAAGUUAACUGAUGGAAAGUUGCGUCCGUUGCCUGGACACUCUUGAAAUCAUGAACAUGUCAAUGGUUAGCAACAGCUAACAAUCCCUAAACCAUAUCGUGUGUAAUGUUUAAAAUUUACAUAAGUGAAAGAGAUCGCGACAAUUAUAUUUAUGCUUGUAUUUUUCUGAAGUUAUAAGUUAUUAAUUUGUAGUCGUCUGACAACAAACAUAGACAUCAUCAACACCCGCGGCAUCAAUUCAGUCAUCUGGAGAUCAACCGAUUAUUAGUGAGCUGACAGUUAACCGAUCUCAGGUCGACUGACUGUGUUCCUCUGCUCAGCCCAGAGUUUAGACACAUUUGGAGACGUCCACCUGAACGGCAGAUACAGUUAGAGGAGACUCCUGUCCGAGUUCGAUCAGAUGUCGUUCUGCCUGGCAGAGCUGCACUUGUGGUCCUUCAGGAACAGCCUGCAAGUCCCAGAUACAGAUAUUGGCACAUACCAGCUCUAUGAAAAAGGAGAACCAGCCUCUUCUACAGAUCAGCAUUACUACAAUGAGAAACAGCAGUUUGCAGACAGUCGGGGUUACCCAUGGUUCCUUAGUAACCGUCGCCCGGAGAAGCUGCGCGAUGCCCUAAAGGAACUAGAGGAGCUGCUGCAGUCAUGCCCGGUCAUGAGAGUCAGAUGGAGAAGCAAACAGUGCUGUCAGCUGCUGUUGAGAUCAGGUGUGUUGGUGACCCUUUUCCUGGGCGGAGCUCAGGUCGAACGGGUGGCUAUUGACAGAACGCUGGUGGGGCGACUACCUGCUGACACCAUCAGUGACGCGGUGAUUGGCGAUCGCUUCCUGUUGUUCUCACUGAUGGAGAGGAGUCAGGUGUGUCAGGUUUACCUGAACAGGAAGAGCCAGAGCUCACCUGAGCUAGCACGACACAUGGAGAAACUCACAGCUACAGAGAUUAAGGUUUCAAUGGUGGAUUUACCUGGUGGAGGACGGCGCAUGGAGCGCCGCGUGGAGCUGAACCGGACGCAGGAUGUGGCCGUGUGCUGGUGGCCUCUCUGUAACGAGGAGGUUAGGCCUUGGUCUCCUGUCCCUAGUGCAGUGGACAGGGCCAACCUAGUGCUGCUCGCCUGCUCUGAUACACCAGGGCUUACGGUUUUGAGCUCUAUCCGAACUGAUGGGAACCCUAUAGACUGCAGAUUCAGUUUGACCCAACCCUACCAUGUCCUGACCGUGGAGCUGCACCAAGAGGCCAAACUCUCCACGUCUGAGCUGUACGAGGAAGCCCAGCCUCCUGAAGUCCAGACAUGUGUAUAUGAAUGUGCUCGUGGAUGUCUUCAGCGUCUGUCUAGCUCUCCUCUUCCCCUGACAUCCAAACCUAUAAUCUGUUGUCGUGACCCGUUGGAGCGCUGGGUUCUCCUGGGGCUUCAGGAUUGCUCUGUAGUUCUGUUUGACCCUCAGACGGGCCACUCACAGUGGGCCUCCUGCUCCAUGGUGCCGGCGGUACUAGCAUGGCAUCCUUCAGGAGCUCUGCUGAUGGUAGGUGGAGGUCAAGGCGAGCUCCAGUGCUUCGAUGUGGGACUCACUCCUCUUCCUCUGCGGUUAGUGAGUGAAGAACCGACUCCUGGCUCUACAGGCCCCAGCCUGCAGCUCUCUCAUCACAUUAAAAACUCUCAGGGGCUAGAGGGGAUGCAUUGGGCCUACUGUCCAAUUUCCCAUGGAAACGAGGGUCUGGAGGCACAUGACUUACUGCUGCUUCGGUUUCAUGGAGGGCCGCUUGCUGCACUGAGGCUAAGACUAGGUGUGUUCAAUGGUGCUCAGCUAGGCCCAGGUGAUCUGGUACAGCACCGUUUGCGCUGUGAGGAAGUGGGUGCAGCACUGGGAAUUCUGGGUAAUAUGGACUGGGCUAUGAUGGGAGCAGAGUGUUACAGGUCACUCAGCUCCAUCACGGAUCACCUGCUGAGAAAACCACUGGACCAGCAAACUGAAGGUCAGUUGGAAGCUGCGCUUGGGAUGUUUUAUGCCCCCUGCAGACCCCUGUCAAACACUGUCAUACUGGAGUACAGAGCCAUCAGCCGAUACGCCCGCCGAUUCUUCCAUCACCUGCUCAGACACCAGAGGUUUGAAAAAGCCUUCUUGCUUGCUGUAGAUAUCGGUGCAAGAGAUCUGUUCAUGGACCUCCAUUACGUGGCAGCAGAUAAGGGUGAGGUGGUGUUAGCCGCUGUAGCCAAGAAGAAGGCUAAUGAAAUAGACGCAGACGCACAAACAUCGGCACCAGAUGAGUGUCAGUCAGUGUGUGAAGGGCAGAGUGGAGUCAAACUACCACCAUCCAUCAGCGAGAGGCAUGUUCCUGACCCCAAACACUGGAGCACUGCAUCAAGGGCUGGAGCAACAUCAACCUCCGGGGCUACGGACGAGUUCUCGAACGCCCCGACAAGUCAUCGCACCUGGCCUUGGAAACACACAGAAAUCAACCUUGUUGACCUGAACACCCAGGUGCCUGAGGAGGGGAAACUGAAAGUUAUUCAUUUUGGUUUAGUAUAAAUAAACAUUUAUUUGUCCAAUGAAUAGUACUUUUUUUUUACGAUAGAAAAAUUUUUUGUCUUUUUACUAAAAGAACCAGUGUAACGGAUUAAAUGUGCUUAUACUAUAAAAA